AUGAUGGAUGUGCCGCAUAUGGAGGAGGUGAUCCGCAGCAGCUUCGAAGCCAUCAAGGGCAAGGGGCCCAACGACCGCAGUCUACCCCGCAGCUUCAUCCUCCGCGUUGUGGGGCUCUGGCUGGUGGACAUGAUGGUGUUUCCCUCCUACGUGUCUUUCCUUCUCGAAAUCCCGCCGACAAGCUCCGGCCUGGGCCACGGCACCGUGCCGACAGGAUUUCGAGAGUGGAUCGCCGACAGGACGGCGUGGCCGCACCGCACACGGUUCGUGAUGGGCGCUGGCGUUUUCACGGAAACGGCGGCGGUCUUGAUGGCGAGAGCUAGGGUCGCCAAGCUCGAUGUGGGGGCGGAGCUUGCGCGGUACCUUCGCGCCGAGGUUCUUGCUGCGAGGGGCGAUGAUGUCGCGGCACCGUGUGCGGCAUCCAUGACGCCCGAGAUUGCAGGCCUGGGGGUUGUGUUGACCUCGGUCUGCGAGAUCAUGGAGGCUAGGAAUGCGGCGGAGGCGGGGUCGGGGACGGAGGAGGCCGCAGGGGCGGGAGCAGCAGCGAUGGGAGAGGACUCUUGUCGCAGCGGUAGCUCUCCAAGUGUCCCUGACAGCGAGGAAGUAGCCACCAAGGCAUCCCCGUGCGUGGCAGCAUCAUUUUGUCAUGAGGAGGGAGAGGAGGAGAAGCAGAAAGAGGGAGGGGAGAGAAAGAAAAAAGGGGCGUACGGAGAGGAGUUGGGGGGGUGGAAAGAGGAGAACGAGCAGGGGCGGGAGCAGCACAGGGGGGUCGAGAAGGGAGUGUCAGCCCCAGCUUUCGACGACGCGGUGGAAGGAGAGGUUGCCCAAGAGUCCGCCCUCGUCAUGAAGAGCCACGUGCAGGGGCGGGGGGUCAGAGGGCGUUGCAGAGGUGGUGACGAGGCGAGCGAGGACAAGGUUGCUCUGAUCCUGACACGGCUCGGGCAGCUGCAGCACAUGGUGGUCGACGGCUUUGCCUCUCUGAAGACUGACCAGACCCUUGCUCGGCUCUCGUCGUCAUGUGACAGGGAGGCGGGGUCAAGCGGCGCUGGCGGUGCUGGCGUGUGCGGGUUUGGCGGUGGCAUGUGGACAGGGACGGCUACGCGGGGCGUGGGAGAGCCGUGGACGAAAGACACUGGUUCGGCGGUGUCUUCGGCGACGGGAGCAAGGGGAGGCGAGCGGCCCCGCCCGCUGCAGCCCCGCAAAGGUUCGAGCGGGAAGCAGCAGCAGCAGGAGGAGGAGGAGGGGGAUGUGAAGGUGUCGAGCGUCGGGGCGAGAGGGGAAGAAGGAGCCCGAUGCUGGGAGGACGCGGUGGCGACGACCCCGGCAAAGGGAACGCCCGACCAGUGUCCCGAGAGGCACGUGGAGAGCGAUGACGAGGGCCCGGCGGCAACAGGGGGUGCCGUGAUGCUGGGAGAGCCGAUCACGGACUCCAAGGUUCUGAUGGCCGUGAGGAUGCCCGAAGCGACAGCGUCGGCGGAGGCCGACGUGUCGUGUGGAGGCGGCGCGGGGACGGAGCACGAGGCAUCCGGCGGUUUGGAGAAGGCGUCUGGCGAGGUCCCGGUGUUCGAGGCGACGGCGGCGUCGAGGAGGGCUCGUGGUGGAAGUCGACGGUGCUAG